UACAUGGCGCUGGCCAGGACACAGGGCAGCCACCGUGACUAGGAGUUGAAUGAGGGGCCUCUACCUGCUGUGUGAAGAGAGGCCUGGGGGCAGCCCUGCCAAUGGGGACCCCAGUGUGGCCCCUACCCUGAGGUUUGUGACCCAGGGCAAUAAGCGCCUCCAGGUAGAAGGCAGCAGGUGAAGGGCUGGUGUCACUGAACAUGGUCAGGGGAAAGGUGGAGGCCCUGAGGGCCUUCAUCCAGUAGAGGGCAUGACGAGGCUUUGGGGGGCGGGAGGCCAGGUAUGGACCAGGGGGCACACACACACAGGGCAGCACAGGGACAUGGGGAAGCUGGGUUGGGGUGGAGGGUGAGACUCACAGGGACUCAGUCCUGGAGGGCUUACAGAGGACACUGCAAACAGUCCAUCUGAGCUUCAGCAGGUCGUGUGAGAUGCUGUUCUUCAGAUGGUUGGUGAUUAGCUUCAUCUCUGCUGACCUCUGACAGUUUCCAAUGCCUGGGAUUGAUGAAAACGUGUGACUGAUAGAGCUUUUCUAAUUUAAUCUAAUUUCUUUUUAUUUAGGUCAGGGAGUGGUAAAACCGUCUCAAAUGUGAUUGUAGAGUCACACAACUCUGACAAUGAAGAGGAUGAUCAAUUUGUGGUGGAAGCUGCCCCUCAGCUCUCUGAAAUGUCAGAAAUUGAAAUGGUAGCAGCAGUGGAACUAGAAGAGGAGAAGCAUGGUGGACUUGUGAAAAAAAUUUUGGAGACUAAGAAAGAUUAUGAGAAAUUGCAGCAGUCACUCAAACCUGGGGAGAAGGAGAGAUCUCUCGUCUUUGAGUCGGCGUGGAAGAAGGAGAAGGACAUCGUUUCCAAGGAGAUAGAGAAGCUCCGCAUGUCCAUCCAGACCCUGUGCAAGAGCGCACUUCCCUUGGGGAAGAUCAUGGACUAUAUCCAGGAAGAUGUGGAUGCCAUGCAGAAUGAGCUGCAGCUGUGGCAUGCCGAGAACAGGCAGCACGCUGAGGCUCUGCAGCAGGAGCAGAGUAUCACAGACUGUGCCGUGGAGCCCUUAAAGGCUGAGCUGGCGGAGCUGGAGCAGCUGAUCAAAGACCAGCAGGACAAGAUCUGCGCGGUGAAGGCCAACAUCCUCAGGAAUGAGGAGAAAAUCCAGAAAAUGGUGUAUAGUAUCAAUUCGACCUCGCGAAGGUGAACACUCAGAAGUUUCAGAGAUGAAAAGUCACCCCAGUUUAAAAGCAAAAAGGAAGACAGAAAAUCGUUACUCUUUAAGUUCCAGUUUGCUAAGAAAAUGAACAGUUUACAAUGUUAUUAUCCAGCUAAUUUUCAGAGCUUUAAAACUGUAAGCAUGUUAAGUGUAUUAAAAACAAACAUGUUUUCUUACCUCCUUCCAGAUGAAAUCCUGGCUAGUUAUAAAUAGCGCUUCCAAACACCUCUGAAAAGUUUUUCUGAAAGCCUGUUCUUUGUGUUUCUGCUUCAUCCUGUUUAGCUCUGUACCAGAACUCUCUAGCAGGUAAGUGGUGUUGGCAUACCAAGGGAACAGUGGUCCUUUAUUUUGGUUUAGUGGAAAGACUUUCAGAGGUCACUGCCGAAUGAAGGAUGACUGUGUACUUUCCGAUAGGCACUUUAUAAGUAGAAUGAGGCCUGAAAAUGAAUACAUUAUAUUUUUAAUUUCCAUUUGAAAGGGCUAAUCUCAGCCUGUCUCCAUAUAAGUUGCGAAUCAACUGGAUUGCUUUUGUUUUUUGACCUCUUUUGUAAUUGCAUGUACUUCUCUAUGUAAUUUUCUCCUUGUUCUCUAUUAUCUUUUGCUUAUGUUUCUAGUCCUCAAAGUUCAUAAAUUUUCAAAGGAGAUUUCAGUGUGGCUGUUGUGGACAUUAUCUGGAAAUUGUCAUGGGCCACAUCCUCGCUCUCUUCAGCAUCUUACCCUGGUGGUCCUUGGACAGGCCAGCACAGCUCCUUGGAGUCCUUGUCCUCCUCAAGAGGGGCUUGCUCUGCGAGGCAUUGGCAUCAUGCCUUUUCCUUUGCAUAUGUGCACACCUGAGAGACGGGAGCUUAGAAAAACUACAUAAGGAAGACGUGAAAGGAUGCACUGAUUUACAACAUUUUUUUGAUGUUAGCCAUUUUUUUUGGAAAUUGUUUUUUAAAUCAAAGGUUUUAUAAAAAAACAUGGUUUAUAGUUUUUCACUUACAGAGACUAUUGUAAAUACUCAGCAGAGUCUUGAGUUAUUGUAUGAAGCAUUUCACUGUGUUUGAAGACAUACUUAGAGAUCUUAAGGUCUGGAUCCUAAUACCUUUAUUUCUUGAUAGUGUGUUUAUUAUGUAAACUAAGGAGUGCCAUUUAAAUUGUGAGAAUUGCUUGGUUUUGUUUCUUUUUUAUUGAGACAGAGUCUCAUUCUAUUGCCCAGGCUGGAGUACAGUGGCACCAUCUCGGUUCACUGCAACCACCGCCUCCCGGUUCAAGGGAUUCUCCUGCCUCAGCCUCUUGAGUAGCGGGGACUACAGGUGCACGCCACCACACCCAGCUAAUUUUUGUAUUUUUAGUAGAGACGGGGUUUCACCAUGUUGGCCAGGAUGGUCUCGACCUCCUGACCUUGUGAUCCACCCACCUCGGCCUCCCAAAGUGCUGGGAUCACAGGCGUGCGCCACUGCACCCAGCCAGGUUUUGUUUCUUUAAGGAUUAGCAUAAAUGGCACGGUUUGGUUUUUCUUCAUACAGUUUCCAAAAUGAAUUCCGUACUAAGGUAAUUUAGUGAUUUUCUGAGCUGAGUAAGUUCAGGAGCAGGUUAUUAAGAUCUGCCAUUCUGAAAUGUUGGUUUUCUUCUUCCUACAGUGCACCAUAAAAUUCUGUUUGAUCAGAUUAUAUUAAAUACAUUUUGGGGGAGCAGAGGGACAUUAGUUAAGUAGUCCUUCAUGUAUUUAUAAUCUCUUUUCUACUGAAUCAGAUGACUUAGCCGUGAGCCUGAAUGGCCCCUGCCUCACUUCAAGUUAAGAUGUCCGCUUUUUAUGAAUUUGUAUAUAUAAAUAGAAUUUGAGGGUUGCAAAAAAUUGCAUACAUUGUAUGUAAGUAAAAUUUUUUAUGAAGUAGUCUGUCAAAUUGUAUCAUAACGUUUAUUUUUCUUUUAUACAUAAAUCAUUAAAAAAAUCACAUAUUUUUUCCAUAAGUGUAUGGAUUGUGCAGUUCAAUUCACACAUGGAAAAAUCAUAAGCAUUUGGAUUUUUUAUUUUCAAAUGUGUGCACUUGGUUUUUCUUGUGAGGAAAGUGCAGGGAAAUAGACUUUUCAUUCAUAUUGCGACACUUUAUCUCUUUUCAGUACGAAUUGAAGUCUUACAAGACAGGUAAGCAUUUGGCAGAGAUUGUAAGAUCAUUUGUGAAGUUUUAGAAGGUCUCUACGUGUGAUUGUUACUGAAUCUUAUUGUAGACACUAGAUCCUGAUCUUACUUAAUUUGAGAAAUUUAAUUUUUCUCUUAUUUUGAGAAAAUACACAAAUGGGAUUAUUUUUCUAUACUUUGGUUUAUAAGUUUUCAGGAAGUAGUGGAGUCAUACUUCAGGAAUUUGAAUUUAAAAGUUGAGCUGAUGGUAAUUUAUAUUCAAAGGAAAUGCAUAAUAAACCUUUGGAAGAAAUAGUUCAAGAC